AUGCCACUGCCAACAGGUCCUCCUACGCGUGACCGAAUGCCAGACGUCCCUUUCUUAGACCAGGCCCGAAAAGCAUCAGUUGUCUCCGGGUCAGCCGGAAUAGAAACCCGACGUGAUAGCGAACGCUCCGAACCCGCCACUCUUCGCCCUGAAGCUCCCAAAGAUCUGGACACCAUCUCUCAACACUCACCACCUCCAUCCGCUCCUCAGGUUCCUGCUUUUGGCUCUGUUUCUGCUCCCAUAUUGCCUCUACCGACAGACAAAGGCCCAUCUGAAGGGCGGCCGAUCAAUGAAUCUUUCCCGCAGAUUGAGAAAGAUCGAUCAGAUGGACCACGUCGUCCAUCAUUGCAACCUCCGACGGGCCCGAGAGCCGAACGAGUCGAGCGGUCUCCAGAUCCUAUUCUCUAUUCCUCGGAUGGCGGCCACCAGAAAGAUGAACGAUCUCGUGCUGCCCAAUUAUCUACUCAUGUCUCGGACCGAUCUCCACCAACAGCUCCAGCAGCUAUGGUCAAGCGUGAUUCUAUUUCCAGCCAUGGCGAAGUGCAGAGAAUGACGAAGCCGACCUCAAUGAACAUGUCUCCCAACUUUGCACGACUUCCCCCGCCGGGCCCGCGAGCUUCAUCCCGGGAAACUUCCAUCUCCCCGAGAAUGCAGUCAUCAACAAUUCCCACGGCCGUGCACCAUCUGUGUCGAGUUUGCCCCCCCAAAAGGGAUGCCGACGAAUAUAAUGGCCUUCUUCCGGUCGACGACAAACCGCGUCAAAUCCACCGACCAAGCUCGCCACUUCGAGGGCAUGAAAAGGAGACUGACACGAUGGCUACCGAUGACGCUGAAAACCCCACCUCACCAAGUUCGCCUUCCAUGAAGCUUCCCAUUCGUACCAGCCCCGCGCCUGUGCCGGUUUCCACCGUGGAGGCUCCAAAGAAGGGAAAAUCAGAGCAGGGUGAGAACGAAGACUCUGCUCCAAUCCCCGGCUUUGGGCAAUCUGACGAGGAGGAGGAAGAGAACGUGGUUUUCAAUCAAGAAUACCUAGAGGAGCGAAAAGCAGAUUUUUGA